AUGCCUCGAAGAGAAAUUUGCGUCACCUCACCCGAGGUUGCUAUGCAUGGAGAAAUCAACAUCCAUGCCCGAGUAGCCGUGGUGACAAAAGCCAAGCUCGACGAUAUCCGAAUCGGAGGCGAGUGUCUCUGCGGCCCAGCUCCAGUGAAGCCACCAACGCCCGUUCCAGAUGUCUACAAUCCAGUCGCCCUCGAUCUCGUCAUCCUCAUCGACGGUUCCGACUCCUUCGACUCCAGCUGCAAAGAUACCAGCACCAGCGGCACCCAGUUCGAGGAAGCAAUGGACUGGGCUGGUCAACUCGUCAAUGACGUUGCCGACAGAACCAGCUUGGCGACAGCGACCGUUGUUCAAUUCUCCGGAUUCAAGAACCAGGACAUCAAAUACAAGCCCGGCAGCCGGGGUGUUCUCUUCGAAGACGAAGGCGUGACUCUUCGACAGUACAACUUCGAACACGGCCCAACAACUGUUUCUCAAGAUCGACAGCUUCCCGCUCAGCUCCGAGGAGUUGAUGCUCUCGACGGAAACUCACAGCUUUUCCUCGCUCUUCAGGAUCUCUCCUUGGAUGAAUUCGCCCAGGAAUUGGAAGCGGCUCUCCCAAGCAGCGCCGACCACGCCGGUCGAAAGCGACUCCUGGUCAUCGUCACUGAUGAAGAAUGGGAUGCCAACCAGCUAGCCAGUGCCAGACAGCUGAGCCAAUCCCUUGGAGACGAAGUUGAUGAUGCUGAGGAUGUUCCAGCCCGACGAAUGUCCAAACUCAAUCACUCGACUGUCAAAGACUCCACCCACGAUCUCUACAACGAGCUUCUUCCAAUCUGCAAACACUUGGCCCAUCCAUUCUACGACGAAAUCCACCCCGUCAUUGUGCGACGAAACCACAUCAAGGAUUUGGAAGGCAACUUCAUUUCCGAUCAGGUUGCCAAGCCGGCGAAGGAGGCCUACCACAAGAUUUACGAAGAGGACUUCACCAAGGACAUGGCGAAAACCAAGAAGGACAUCGUGAGCAGAAUCGAAAACAUGAUCAAACCCGUCAAGAUGAACUAA